GGCCGGCGCGGACGGGACGGGAGUCGCCGCAGCCGCCGGCCUGGCCCAGCCGCUCAGACACCGCCCGCGACGCAGCCACCCGCCGCUCCUCCGCCGCCUGGCUCCGCGCCUCAGUCCAGCUCUGCCGCAGCGGUCGCGAGGAGGGGCCGCUGGAGCGCGACUCGGGAGCCCUGGGUCAUCACCCGGCCGCCGGAGCCACAGCCGGGCCUCCCUGAGCGGCGCCCACGCUCUCGCUGUUCGGACGCUCGCACCCGCAGCCACCUGCUCCCGGCCCGAGGCCAGGACACGAUGCGCUCCGCGCUGGCGCUCUCCGCGCUGCUGCUGCUGCUGCUGCCGCCGCGGUCGCUCUCUGAUGCAGUCCCGACCACUACUGGCUCAAAGACCACAGUAGAACAUACAAAGACCGCAGUACAACAUAUAAACUCAAGCAACUCCAACGCAGCAUCAGCACACGGUGGUGAAAGUCCAGUUGAAAACACAAAGACGACGACGGCCAUGAUGACCACGACGACCACGGUUCCACCAACUCCUGAGGAAAGGAAGCCGUCAUCCACCACGUCAGCUGUGGUCACCAAAAGCCCAUCUACGGCACCCGGCAACUCACCCGCCGCCCCGUCUCUAGCCCCGACGCAGAAAGACACAGUUGCCACUCCCAGUAACAAAGAGGGGGUGUUAACCAACCCCCCGACAGCUCCUGAUCCACCAACCAGUAAGUCCGUGAAGCCCGACACCACACAGAGCCAGCCAGCCGGAUCUGGAGCCCAGAGCAGCACCAGCGUUCCCACUGACCAUACGACCACGCAGGGCACGGGGCCUCUGCUGCCACUGGUUAGCCCCACCCGCGCCACACCUGCUUCUUCCACGACCACCCCAGCAAGCCCUCACCAACCAGCUGCGACUGCUACUUUGAAGCCCCCGGGGGCACCAGACAAAGUCUCUACGGCUUCAAGUACUUUAGGCACCAAGACCAGUUCCGACUCCACAUUACACGGGGCGCCUAUCACGCCAACAUCAUUUGUUGCCUCACAAGGAAAUCAUGAGCACUCCAGCAAGGUGCCAGCUGUCCCUGGGACCUCUUCCUCCAUCACUGGGACCUCUUCCUCCGCCGCUGGGACCUCUUCCUCCGCCGCUGGGACCUCUUCCUCCGACACUGGGACCUCUUCCUCCAUCACUGGGACCUCUUCUUCCAUCCCUGGGAUCUCUUCCUCCGUCCCUGGGACCUCUUCCUCUUCGUCGGGACCUGUGGCCACAUCUACUGUUAUGGGACCUGGAAGCUUUGGCACUCACUUGGCUCCAACUACCCCCCAAGUCUCCAGCACAUCUUCUCCUGCCUUGACUCAUAGGGAUGAUGGGGUGCUGCCAGCAGCGGUGGGACAGAUACAGUGCGGACAUCCCGAAAAUCAAACCGAGAGGAUGCUCAUCCUGAACUUCACGAAAACCAGCCCCUGUGAGACGAACUUUUCGGAUGACAAACUGGUCACACUACUGUGCAGAGCAGCAAAAGCCACCUUCAACCCACCUCAAGAUCGGUGCCACAUACGGCUGGCACCUAUUCCCGAGACCCAGGCAGUGGCAAUCAAAGAAAUCGCUAUCCAGACAAACCUCCUGCCCAGGGACGCGUAUGAGUUGCUGAAAGACAAAUGGGACGAGCUGCAAGAGGUGGGAGUCAGUAACAUGAAGCUUGGGGACCAAGGGCCACCCGAAGAGACGGAGGACCGGUUCAGCAUGCCCCUCAUCAUCACCAUCGUCUGUAUGGCCUCCUUCCUGCUCCUCGUCGCUGCCCUCUAUGGCUGCUGCCACCAGCGCCUCUCCCAGAGGAAAGACCAGCAACGACUAACGGAGGAGCUGCAGACAGUGGAGAAUGGUUACCAUGACAAUCCCACACUGGAAGUGAUGGAGACCUCCUCAGAGAUGCAGGAGAAAAAGGUGGUCAACCUUAAUGGGGAGCUGGGGGACAGCUGGAUCGUCCCCCUAGACAACCUGACCAAGGAUGACCUGGACGAGGAGGAAGACACACACCUCUAAUCAGGUCUGCGGGUGGCCUCCGACAGUGCCACAGCGCUCCAGACUGAGCCACCUCAAGUGCCAUUGGGACAGGGGAGGAACAUCCUUCCCAGCUGAGGGAGAGACUGGCAGGGGAAGGAGACUUGGUGGCUCCCUCCUCCCAAUCCCCACGGGGCCUUAAUUUCCCCUUUUCAGACUGAACAAGUCACAUUCUGUCUAGAUCUGUCUUGUAAGAUAACCCACUAGUGCCUGAGCUCAGUACUGCUGGAAGGCGAGAGGGAGCUCACUCACGUGACCGUCUAGUAGGAUCCCUUCAUCCCACAUACGUGGAGACCAAGGCCUGACAGGGGUAUAAGGUCCAGCUCACACAGCCCCUGGCGGCAGAGUCAGGAUGACCACAAAAAUUCCCUUUUCCGGGCCGGUGUGCACUGCCACCCCACCCCACUGCUGUCACCACCCCCCCGUGCCCUCCCCUCCGAUCUGCUCCCGGCUGGAUGGAAGGGGCAGCGGGGCCAGAUCCUGUCUCAGGGGAAUCUGAUUCCUUGAAAGUACGGGUCCAAGCUGUCCAUCUCCUGUCCCCAGCCUCGCCUGCCAGUGUUCCAUCCCCUUUUUGCCUCCCCCUUCCUUCACUCUGUAUCCCCACUCUGUCCCAAGGACCCCUGGGACUCACACAGGUCAUUGAUGAUUUUGAGUCCCUGGUCCUGGAUUCUGGCUUCCUUGCAUUUGCCUAGUGGGACUGAGUGGGACUCGACCCACACCAGACAACAGUGUGAGCGAGGUCAGGGAUCCACCGGCAGGUGAGGAUGGGUCCUGGCCCAGCACCCAGGGCCUCCUUGAAGGGGCUCCCCAGGAAACUGCUUGGCUUCCUACUCCCACUGGGAAGUAAAAUUUGCAGCAGCGAUGAAGGCCAAGUGCAUCUAUUUUGUUGUUCACUGCUCAGCCAGUGGGGUGAAGACCCAAGCUAGGUCCAGCAAGAGUGACAGACAGCUGUGGGGCAGACUUUCCCGGAGCCCAGUCCACGGAGAGGUGUCUUAGGAGACAAUCGAUUGACAGGAAGGAUGGGCUUUACUCUCUGUUCCAUAGGAAACUCAGGGACUUUUCAAGUUGCUGAGAAUUUUGUUGUAUUUGUGUUUUAGUCCAGCCCUCCACUGCCCAAAGCCAAAGCUCCAGCCAUUGGGGGACUUUUCAGUUAACCGAUCUCACCGAUUUCUGGUUCUCCUGUGUCAUAGGGCAAGAAAGGUCUAGAAAGCGUGAUACAUCUUAAGGUGCACAGGGGCAGCUUCGGGGGGCCUGUGGGGUUCCCGGUGACCUCUCACUGUUCCGGCAUGGAGUUGGCCCUUGUCGUGUCCCUUGCCGUGUCCCCUUCUCUAUAUCCUUAGCAGGGCUACCCAGUUCUGUGGUUCUGGUGGCAUCUCAGGGAAACAGCACCAUGGAGGGUUUAGAGAAAGCUCAGCGGUCAGUUCCCAAGCAGAAGGCACCUGAGGACUGGGCAGAGUGUAGUUUAAUCUGGUUUUCUGGGAAGAAGAAAUCCAGUGUGGAACUUUGCCCACUGUCUCUUGUUCCUGGGUGUAACUUUCCUGACACCUAGGAAGAUGGGCAGAACUGCUUCAGAGAGUGAAAAUGGUAAUAUCAGAGCAAGAAGCCAGAACCUCAGAAACUGGAGGCCCAGGCUCUGAUAGUCUUGAUGAAAUAGGUGGCCUGCUUUAGGACAGCUUAUUUUGAAGGAGUUUAGCGAGGGAAGAUCUCUGUUCUUCCCUGGCUGCCUUGAUUCUUUCUUCAUAACCUUUGGCCUUUGAUAUCUUAGGGGAAAAGAAAGGCCAGGGGUUCAGGUGGGGCCUCCAGUGAGUUUCCAAGAGCUAGAGAGAUGCUAAGCUAACAAGGAACCAAAAGCAUUUGCCUAGAUCCUCCAGCAUUUGGAGGUCAGCAGGAUGGAUAACAAUGCUCGUUUGGGGGAAAAACAGAAGAAAUCUUGUUACACUGGGAAAAGAUGUUUGCUUCCUUCCUGCCCAACAUUCAGUUCUUUCCACCCAUUGGGUUUCUGUGGAAGAGGCCAGACUGGAUUACUACUCUUUUGCUGAUUCUGGGUCACAUUUUACCAGCCAGGCAUUCAGACAGAGACAGCAAAUAUGCCUCCACAAAUAGAUCAAAGGCUAUAACUCCCAAAGGCUCUUAGGGAGAGAUGAUGUCCGGCAAGGACUAGAGUAAAAAUUAUAUACUUGGUCAAGAGAGAUGACUGUAGUUCUGUCCAAGGGGAAUCUUGGGAAGCUUCGGGCUGGUUCACAUGUUCCUUUUGGUGCAUCCAGAUUGGGUUACGCUGGCCUUUUAGGGCAACUUCAGAAUCCAGUACCUUGCCUGGCCUUGCUCUUGUCACUAGACCUCUAGGUCAAGGGCCAUACAGCCACGCAUGUGCAAAGGUCAUCUUCAUCCCACGUCUGCAUUGAGUUCUAAAUGCUGUCUGAUAAGUCAGAUGCUGGGGCUGAGAAGAAAGAAGAGGAACACCAGGAACUCAGCAUGACUUUCAACAGGCUGUGCCACAGAAAGAUGAUAAACUUUACAUCGGUGGCAAACUGGUUUCCGUAAGCUGCGUAAAAGGCCAGAAACCACGGCUGAUGACUGGACGGAACCCAGCAGGAAGCACGCUCUCCUGUGAACAAGGAGUGACUGCUUCUGAAGGAGGUACAGAACAUGCUUUGCAUCGUAGGACAGAACACGGGUUGAAGCUGGUCUAGACACCAGAUUCUUCUUUUGCCCCCUCUUGAGAAGGAAAGCUGGCAGAAAGUUUAUUUAAACCACUUCUUGAGCUUUAACCUUUUUGGCAACAUACUGGAGAAACUUGGAAAAACUAGUCCAAGCUGAUACAUACUUUUUGAUAAUGUAAAUACAACAGCCACAUGUUAAUCCACCCUGCACUGCUUUAAGUGAGUAUCCUUUGUAAAAACAUUUGUUAGUUAAGUGAGGUGGCUUCCCCCCCCCCUCUAAAACAGGAAUGUAAAUGUCUAUUUCACUAGAAAUGACAAGUUUUGUUUUGUUUUUUUCCUUAAUGAAAAAAACGAAAUGGAAGACAAGCUGAUGACAAAGUAUUUGUCUUACAGAUCAGGCAUCUUUGUUUUUAAAUCUGGUCCUCACCCCCUCCCCAGCCAAGUCCUAGUCUAUCACAGGCUUGGAGUCAAUAUGCACUGGUUAGAAAGUGAUACUCUAGUCUUAGGGAGAGGCUUUUAGACACCUAGUCCAAGCUUUGUUUUGUUCUUCCAGAAAAAGACACUGAAGGGCAGAAAGAUAAAGUGACUUGGCCAAACACAUGGUUAGUGACAGAAACAGGAUUAAAACACCGGUGCCGUGGGCCUUAGAAGGAAUCCGGAAAUUAAGGACAGGCACCAAAAUGACACAGAAUGCCCUUCUCAAAUCUUACCCUGCAGGAAGCCUAGGGAGGGCGUGAGGACAGCAGUGGGAAACAUACUGGUCUCUUCCUCUGAGUUACUUAGGCCUCAGACUUGAACGGUAUGCUUUUCUGUCAGUUUUGGGUGAGCUUUGACAUGGAUCUUCUAGUAGGGCUGAGGCUUAAAGGGAGAAAGGUAGGGGAAGGCAGAGGGGGCAAGAGGAAAGCGAUGGCGUAUUUUCCAUCAUUCGCUAGCUGAUUGGCUCAGGUUGGGGAGAACCCACUACUGAGUGGAAGGGAGGGAAUUACUAUUUGAUGUGUCUUUUUUUUUUUUUUUUUUUUUUUUUUUUUUUUUUUUUUUUUUUUUUAAAUUAGUGAAUGUCAAACAGUUUGCCCAGGAGACUGGGGGAGCAUGUGUCUUCAUGGACAGGGGUCUGAAGUACACUGGAAUUUACUGAGAAACUUGUUUGUAAAGACUAUACUUAAUUAUUGCCAUUUUCUUACAAAACUAUAUUUUGGAAAAUUGUAUACUGUCAAUUAAAGUGCUUUUGUAUAAGCUGGUUCAA